CGACGCGCAAGGAAAGCGGUUCUGGUGUGCUUGACGAGCAGGGCCAUCUUUGGUCGUCCUCGCCGGUGACAGAGUGCACAGCCGACUCCUCUAAGCAUUGUUAAUAAUAAAUAGGGCCCGACUUUAAGGUUCUGUUUAAACCCUUUCUAGUAAAAAAAGAAGUAGAAGAAGAAAGGAGGGCGCUGUCCUGCUGCCUGGACUGACCGGCACUAUUUCCUCCAGCUCCUUUCAUUUCUGAAGCCAAAAGAAGGAGAGAGAGAAGAGGGAGAGGACGGGAGAGGCGGCGACCCAACAUGGAUGAGGAAUAUGAUGUGAUCGUUUUGGGCACCGGACUCACAGAAUGCAUUCUGUCCGGGAUCAUGUCGGUGAAUGGGAAGAAGGUCCUGCACAUGGACAGGAACCCUUACUAUGGUGGAGAAAGCUCCUCAAUUACACCCUUGGAGGAGCUGUACAAGCGCUUCAACCUACAAGAUAGCCCGCCGGAGUCCAUGGGGCGAGGAAGGGACUGGAACGUUGACCUCAUCCCCAAGUUUCUCAUGGCUAACGGUCAGCUUGUGAAGAUGCUGCUAUACACAGAGGUGACACGGUAUCUGGACUUCAAAGUAGUGGAAGGAAGCUUUGUUUACAAAGGAGGGAAGAUCUACAAGGUGCCGUCAACCGAGACUGAAGCCCUCGCUUCCAACCUGAUGGGGAUGUUUGAGAAGCGAAGGUUCCGGAAGUUUCUAGUCUUUGUGGCCAAUUUUGAUGAGAACGACCCCAAAACGUUUGAGGGUGUGGACCCCAAAGCCACGACGAUGAGGGACGUUUACAAGAAGUUCGACCUGGGGCAGGAUGUCAUCGACUUCACCGGCCACGCCCUGGCCCUCUACAGGACAGAUGACUAUCUUGACGUUCCCUGCCUGGAGACGAUAAACCGCAUCAAACUCUACAGUGAAUCCCUGGCGCGUUACGGGAAGAGCCCUUACCUCUACCCUCUGUACGGUUUAGGGGAGCUGCCACAAGGAUUUGCCAGGCUGAGCGCCAUUUACGGAGGGACCUACAUGCUGAACAAGCCGGUGGAUGAGAUCGUGAUGGAGGGCGGUAAAGUGGUUGGAGUGAAGUCUGAGGGAGAGGUGGCUCGCUGUAAGCAGCUCAUCUGCGACCCCAGUUACAUCUCGGACCGUGUCCGCAAGGUGGGCCAGGUGAUCCGUGUCAUCUGCAUCCUGAGCCACCCCAUCAAAAACACCAACGAUGCCAACUCCUGCCAGAUUAUUAUUCCUCAGAAUCAAGUCAACCGCAAUUCGGACAUCUACGUGUGCAUGAUCUCUUAUGCUCACAACGUGGCGGCCCAGGGGAAGUACAUCGCCAUCGUCAGCACCACGGUGGAAACCAGUGAACCAGAGACAGAGAUUGAGCCAGCGCUGGAGCUGCUGGAGCCCAUCGACCAAAAGUUUGUGGCUAUUAGUGACCUUUAUGAACCAACGGAUGAUGGUACUGAGAGCCAGGUCUUCGCCUCGAGGUCCUACGACGCCACAACCCACUUCGAGACCACGUGCAACGACAUCAAGGACAUCUACAAGCGCAUGACCGGGACCGACUUUGACUUCGAGAACAUGAAGCGCAAACAGAACGACGUGUUCGGGGAGGACGAACAGUGAGGGGAGGCGGGGCGUCUGAGAGUGGGCGGGACCAGGACAGGAAGCGGGGGGUAAAGCGUUGCGAAGAGGCGGUAGAACCCGCAGCAGAUGGUGGAGUGUGAGUGCGGUGGGCGGCGACUUGUCUCUGGGCUCCGCCUCUUUCGCUGCAGUUUGCCCCGGCUUCCUGCCUGCCACCCUUUCAGACACAAAAGCUCACAAACACACUUUUCAAACACUCCUGUUCCGUGUCACCGAAAAGCAGGGUGGAUACGGUCUUUCAUUUCCAUUGUAGAAUUGACAGUAUAUUCAUGUCUUAACCAUUAUCGUUAGAGGUGAACUCAUUACUUGCUGUUGCCGAUUUUAUGAGCAUUUCAUUCUUUCUGUGAAAUCUUUUUCAGCCGUUGGGUGGAUGGGAAGUUGGCGUCGCGUUGGGGUCCGUUUGUUCGGAUGCGGGAUAGCGUAGAAUCCUCCGGAAGGGUUGCCUCCAGUCGACAUGCAUGCAUCUUUUUCACACAGUAGUGUUGUACAUAGACUAAAAAAAUGACACUGUGGUUUGAAGGCUGGACCGUUCCACUCCUGUCUGCCCUGCUUUCACGUUCCUCUUUCUCGGUCUUUUAACCCGUGUGUUUCUGCUCGAUAGACGCCGCUCUCACUGGUUUCCGGUUUGGGCAACAGAUGCGUGUAAAUGGGCUGUCGUCAUCUGGUGAUGCUCACAUUGCAGUGCUGUGGUGAAAAGCUGACCAGUGGCUAUUUACUGUCAACCCCUUCCAGAAAAGAUGAAAAUUCGACAAAAAAAAAAGUUCCCAUUUGUUUUUCCAUGCUUUAUAACUUUCUAACGUUUAAAAUGAUUCAGAAGUUUGUUAUGGGUGCACACUUCACUGGCUGAGGUUAUGACGUUUACGAAGCAGUGGCUGAUGGUCCGGGAGAAAAGGGACUUUCUAUUGGGAACAAGUGAAGGAAAAAUGGGUGAGGUUGGAAGUAGGAAACGGGACGUUAAGUGAGGAACGCUGGGAAUUUGAAGGUUUCAUGUUGGAGUCGUGAGGACGAAGACUGAAUUUUCGGCUAACAGUGAAAGCACCAGAUCGUGUUUCCGCUGUUUGUUGUGGACAUUAAGGACUCAAUCUUAGCCGAUGUGGAGCACAGGGAGGCUUUGUUCAGUGCUGCCCCCCAUGUUUUCUUUUUUUUUGGGAUACCGUUAUUAGGUUCUCGCCUUAAUUCUGGGUCAAUUUUCAAAAUCUGGACCCUUUUCAGGAAAUUGACAGCUUGUUUUUGCGUCGGGAGGGGACAGGUCAGUGCCAAACACCGUCUUUCUGUUAUUGGCAGGACAGUUCACUUCGGCAGAUGUGAUCGUAGAACAACACAAGCUUAUAAGUUAGUCGUCUUACAUCUGAGUGCAGAAAGCUCCCAGUGCACCUGAAGUACACACACCCCACUCAAACAAACAGGAAAUGCUGCACUUUUUUUCUUGAAAAUUAGUUCUUGAUUUACCACAAUCAAAUUUUUUUUGGGAGGUGUGUGGUUCAAAUGUCUUAUCAUAUUUAUUUAGUUUUUUUUUGUUGUUGAAAGUUUACGUUAAAUGCAGAAUAUCCUAUGCUAAUAAUUUAAUUGUGGGUUUCGAGACCAGAUUGUUGAAUUACUGCACUCCAGGAUGAUUUGUUUGUUUGUUUAUUUGCUGUGUUUUUUGUUAUGUAGUGAUCAUUCCAUGAUUUUAUGUUUUAUUCUUGAGAAAAAAACUCAAUUCAUACUGGAAACAUGUAGAAAAUCCUCAAACCCUUGAACAGAAAUAUGUUUAACCCGACACCCCCCGUCUCCGCAUCGGAUACUGUCUUUUUAUGAAAUGGGGGGGCAGGGGCUCGUGUGUGCUUGUACUGUUUUAAUUUAAUCCAAUAUGGCCUUUGAAAACCACUGUUGACAACAUACCUGGAAACUGACAAAAGCCCUAGAAGUUCAGGCUGAGUAGUAGAAACUUACUGUCCUUGUUUGAUCACUAGUAUGUGAACAAUGCCUAAUGUCUUGUGUAACAAAUAAAAUGAAUUAAACUAUGAAUGAAAUGAUAGAAAAAUAAAAAAAAAGCACAUGGCAAACAUG